AUGGCCCCCGCUGCCACGACGAACAAGACCUACGCUGACGGCCGUCAGGGCCAGCGCAUCGAAAACUAUGCCAAGUUUUGGCAGAAGGAUCUCGCGACCGAGAAGGGCGAGGACACCGACAACCGUCUCGCCAACUACACCGACGUUAUCAACGGCUACUAUGAUGGCGCAACAGGCCUUUACGAGUAUGGAUGGGGCACAUCCUUCCACUUUUCACGCUACUACAAGGGUGAAUCCUUCUAUCAAGCCCUCGCGCGCCACGAGCACUUCCUCGCGUUCAAGAUGGAGCUCAAGCCCGGCAUGCGCGUUCUCGACGUCGGCUGCGGUAUCGGUGGACCCGCGCGCGAGAUCGCCCAGUUCGUGGACGUCAACAUUGUCGGUCUCAACAACAAUGACUUCCAGGUUGGCCGCGCGCGCAAGCUCACCGCGAAGGCGGGUCUCUCGGAACGCGUCACCUUCGAGAUCGGCGACUUUAUGAAGCUCUCGGAGAAGUUCGGCCCUAACUCCUUCGACGCCGUUUAUGCCAUUGAGGCUACCGUUCACGCACCGUCAUUCGCGGGUGUGUACGGCGAGAUCAUGAAGGUGCUCAAGCCCGGAGGCGUCUUCGGUGUGUACGAGUGGGUGAUGACAGACAAGUGGGACCCGUCGAUCCCGGAGCACAAGGAAGUCGCGCACCAGAUCGAGAUUGGGAACGGUAUCCCUGAAAUGCGUCCCAUUUCGAACGCACGGACGGCGCUGCGCGAAGUCGGCUUCGAGAUCGAGUACGAGGACGACCUCGCGGACCACAAUGACGACGUGCCAUGGUACUACCCGCUCGAGGGUGACAUCUUCAAGGCGCAGACCAUGUGGGACGUCUUCACCGUCUGGCGGAUGAGCUCGAGCGGCAAGUUCGUUACUCACCAUGGGCUGUGGUUCAUCGAGAAGUUGGGCAUUGUGCCGAAGGGCACCUUCGAGGUCGGUGAGACGCUGAAAAUUGCGGCAGAUGCGCUCGUUAAGAGCGGUCGCGAGAAGCUCUUCACGCCCAUGUACCUCGUCGUAUCGCGGAAGCCGAAAAACUAA